GUUUGGAAAUGGGUUCGGAUCAGAAAGUUUACGGGUUUGAAGAAGUAACCAAACACGACCAAACCAAUGAUUGCUGGAUUAUCAUCCAUGGAAAGGUUUUCUUCUCCACUCUUUUCGUCUUCAAUGAAUGGAAUUCUUGUUUUUUUAUUCCAAAUUCAAAACCUUUUUGAAUUCACAAACUCAAUCAAACCCAGUUUUUGGAUUGAAAUCUGAUGUUUAAUAUCAAUUUCGCCAAACACAGCUUUAAUUAUCACCAAAAUUUCUUCUGUCCUUACUCGAUCUUAUGUGAGAUAUCUAUGCUUUUAUUUAGCUCUACUGAUUUUCACAGUUUGUUUGUUUGUUUUUUAAGGUGUAUGAUGUGAGUCCAUUCAUGGUAGAUCAUGCGGGAAGCGAGGUUUUGCUUGCAACAACUCGGAAGGAUGCUAGCAAAGACUUUGAGCAGGUCGGGCACAGCGAGGAUGCUCGAAACAUGAUGGACAAGUAUUACAUUGGGGAGAUAGACGACAGGUCCACCGUUCCGUCAAAGCGCCUUUACACGGGUGGCCCACGUCGUCCCCAAGCUCAAGACGGUAUUAACUCCCACUACAAGAACCCGGAUUUCGUGAUCAAGGUUUUGCAGUUCCUCCUCGUGCCCCUCGUGAUUUUGGCAUCGGCAUUUCUGGUCCGUUGAUCUCUACACCAAGGAGAGAAAUCUCGAAGGCUAAGGAAUAUCUCCACAUCUUGCCGAUCGAACAACACAAGGGUGAUUGCUGAGGCUAAUAAUAUAUCAUUGAUGCUGUAACUGUUAAGCUUCCAAACCUUUGAGUGAACCUAUUGCCGAUACAAUUCAAGCAAAUUAGUUAAAGAUCCAAUGGAAAUAAUCAAGUUGGCAAUCACAAGUUAGAUGGGAGCUUAUCUGAAUGUUGACGAAAAAAAUUGAAGUGUCCAAACUUUAAAUCGGUCUGAGUUCUGAGAGAUGACAUAUCAGCUGCACAAGAAGCUAUUCGAGGGAGGCUGUGGUUGUUUCAACUUGCCUUCUGAAUAUCAUCCCCUCCAUGGGGUCUAAGAAGUCUUCCUUUCUCGGGUUGUUUUAACUUUGCCUUCCAAAUAUGAAUUCGAGGGAGGAUAUCAGUUUCUUUGAUCAGGGAGCACAACUGAGAACCACAUAAUAGGCUUCCUUUCUCGGGUGGCAAUAGAGUUGCACCCUAGAGGCCGGGUGGUGCUGAUUAUGAAUCAAUUAUAUUCUAAGACAAUGGGAAAAAUUAAUACCAUCAUUUGCUGCAUCUCUAGCAAAGCCGAUCACGGAACCACCUCUGUCUGAAGAGGAAGGAAGACCUGACCCCAUCAUCAGGUGUGUGCUCCUAUUUGUUAAAGCUUGUUGAUGAAAACUAGGGAGAGUUAUAGUUUAAGAAAAACCAGCAUUGUGAAUGUUGGGGUGAUUUAUGGAUUCCACUAAUGAGCCAAGUUUGAAGAACCCACUCAACGGAGAGAGCUAAUUAUAAGAAAUUUCCAACACAAUAAAUCAACACUUCAGUUUCGUAUUACCCACAAGAGUUCAUGCAAUUUUUUAAUCCCCCUCUUCAUCCCAAGUUAAUCAGAAGCAUCCAUAAUAUGUAACAUAACCCUAUUAGAUGUCCAGAUUUUGAGGCCCCUA